UUUAGUUGGGUGGGAGAGUCGGAGGGACGAGUGGAAAGUCUGAGCUGCUUGCAGUCUCGUUGAUCCAGCCUCGGGUAGUAUGUACCGUGACGUGACAAUGGCGGUAGUCGUAAUUACGAAACGGUACGUUAUUGUGAUCAGCUGAUCAAGCGAGCCCAACGGAAAGAGCAAAAUCGAGAAAAUACGCGCGAUAAAUAAUAGAACGAGGAUUCGAGACGGAAUCGAGGUAUCGAAGCUCUGCGAGAUAAUUCGAAGACAAAAAGUCAAGAGAAGAAGGGAAUUGGAUUUUCGGCUAUGUCAUUGCGCUUGUGAUUUGCUCUGCCUCUAGGGCACCGGUGCUCUUUUGUGUUGUGUGAAUAGUGGCUUGCGUUUUUGCGGCUGUGUUGUGUGCAUGUGUGCGUGAAAUUCGCAAAAGCGAUAGAUAAAUGUGUCUUAGCCAUGCCUGCUGUGCGGAAGUAUAGAAGGGAUACCAGUGAAGUGAGCUGCUGUCUCAAGUAUGUGAUCUUUGGAUUUAACGUGAUGUUUUGGGUAAGUUCUGACAAAUAAUUGGGAGGAAUAGAAGUAUCUAACGUAACUAGAUACAUCGCAAAUCUGGCUGGGUUUGGGUAUCAUGGCGGUAGGUGUAUGGGCUUGGACCGAAAAGGACACAUUCAACAAUUUGUCCAGGCUCACAAAUGUUGCGCUCGACCCAGCAUUUAUCCUCAUUCUAGUCGGUACAGUGACAUUUAUCAUUGGAUUUACGGGAUGCGUUGGCGCACUCAGGGAAAAUACGUGCCUCCUAGCUACGUAUGCGAUAUUUCUGGCGUUAUUAUUGUUAAUGGAGAUGGCAGCCGGUGUCUUAGGAUUUGUCUUCAAGGACUGGAUAAAAUCACAAGCCACUGGCGGUUUCCAAGCGUUCAUCAUCCACUAUAGAGAAGAUCCUGAUCAGCAGAAUCUCAUCGAUUGGAUUCAAGAGGAUUGGUUACAGUGUUGCGGCAUCGAGGGCCCUAAAGACUGGGAUCGCAAUAAUUAUUUCAAUUGUUCGUCGAGCGACAUUGGCUCGAGGGAAGCAUGCGGCGUGCCUUUUAGCUGUUGUAAACGAAAGCCAAAUGAAAUUAUAAAAAAUAAACAGUGCGGCUAUGAUGUUAGAAAACCUAGCUACACUGGGGAGAGGAGUAUAUACGAGAGAGGCUGUCUAAGAGCAGGCGAAGAAUGGCUAGAAUUGAAUCUCGUACCUGUCGCUGGUACUGUUGUCAGCACAAUGGUCUUACAGAACUAUGAAGUUGCCAAAGUGAUUUAUGAAAAAGGUUGUAUUCAAGCUGGGGAGGAAUGGGUGGAACGAAAUCUUCUUGCAAUUGUCACUGGGGCGGUUACCACGGCAUUUGCACAGAUUCUGGGAAUCUGUUUCGCUCAAAAUCUUCGAGCGGACAUAUUCGCACAAAAAGCAAAGUGGCAUUGACAAUUUCGGGCCCCCACGGCGGUCUAGCAUCUUAUACUAAUAGAUGCUGAUCAGUUGCGUUGAUCGAACUGGAAAAGUCGUCGAAGAUCUCGAGAACUAACAGACCUUUGACGUAAAAAUCGACACAGUUCCACGUGGAAAGUGCAGGAUUCAAGAUUCAAACGUCCGAACCAAAUCGACUAAAGAUACAGAUAUUUUUUCACUCUUCAAUUGCUGACACAAUUACGAAGACUGCGUACUUCGACGAGCUUCGUGAUUUCGUGCAAAUACAUCACUCAUGAUCACCUAUAAAUGUUUAUAACUAAAGUCUCGACGUUUUAUCAUCCAACGUUUAUAUUGCAUUUUAUAAAUUGACAAGCGAAUCGUUAAACGACGGAUCACGUUUAAAGGACGAUCAAAGUUCCAAAGUUUCAGUGAUAAUUAUCAUUAUUAAAUUAUCACAGCAGCGUAUCAUUUAGUUUAUAAUGACGAUAUAGCUCAGCUUAAUGCGGCAACUUGUUGCAUAUCCUCAACUAACUAUUUUAUUGCCAAAAUGACGCGAAGAAAACGGUGUCAAAGUUCCAUCGCUGUUUCGUUUUAUUUCUGUAUAAACUUAUGGCGAAUUUUAUGACAAACCAAAACCGUUAUCAAUCAAACCUUAGAUUCUUACAUUGCAAUUACAAUUAUUGCUCAUCCUUAUUGUUCUAUGUUAAGGGAUUAUUCGAGCUGAUCGGAUUGAACACUUCUUGUGAGUUUACGUGCUUUCAAAUAUUGCGAACAAUCUAUGUUUAAUUUAUGUUUUUGCGUACUUUAUAAUCAGGCUGAGGAUUUUUAUACAUUUCUGCGAAAAAGGACGCAGAAAUGCAUAGAAUGCAUAUACCCAAAGUAGAGUACUCAUUAUAUUUUCUAAUAGAUAAAACGAAUCUCUAUUGACUCUCUAUUACUACGAAAAUAUAAAUUUGCAUAAAAUCCACAGUCUAUUUAUACUCGCAACAAUGACAAGUAGCGCGCUGUAUUUUAGUUUAAGGCACUUUCAUACAUCAUCGUUUCAUCGUUAUAAUACAAGAAGCGUGUGAGCAAGAAGAAGAAAAAUAAAGAAAUUUGCUUUGAAGAAGCAAAUCAAUUGUAAAAUACGAUUCGUUCGAGGACUAUAAAAUGCGUAAAUUAACAAAUCGUCGAAAGUAAUGCGUGUAUUUGCAGCGAAAAGAGUGUUGUUCAACUUAUCAGUAGACUGCGAAUUUUUGUGCAAAUUCAAGUGUUCCAAAAUAGAAUAGAAACUGUAGAACUUGUGAAGAAUAUCAGUUUACAUACAAAGUAUUAUAAAAAAGCCCUAUGCUUUGGAUAUCUUACAUAUCUUUUCAUAUUACGUGCAUUCUGAGCGAUUUUACAUUUUCAAAUAUCCCAUAAAUGCAUAAAGGUCCGCAGUCUACCCAUCAAUUUUCUCAAACCUUGCGCAAGCCAUUUUCGUAUUUCACGGUCUACUGGACUUCCUUGAUACUCGGUUUGCGCCUGUCAUAAUUAUAAUUUGAGCGAACAAGGCGGAAAAAGACGUUGCCUCGGACUUUUCCGAUUCUUCGUCGAGAUCGAUACCGUUCUUCUGUUCUUGACGAAGGGAAAGUCGAUGAGUUCGGAUAAGGCGCGUAGAAACAAGAGAAAGGGACAAAGAGCAGAGAGCAGAAGAGACAAAUAAAGCAGAAUAAUGCCUGCUCGGUUUACGAGGAACGGUGUGUCGAGGCAUUAAAGUCGAUUGACGUGAUGUCGUGGGGGCGCGGUGAACACGACUGAGCUCACCGCACAGCAAAUUCUUGUGGCAUGGCCACGAGAGUAAAAGCCAUAUAACACGCAAGUGUACAAUAACCUUCUGUUGCUCCAAUUGAUCGUUAAAACGGUUGCUCGAGCCACAUUGAACAUAUUGAUCCUGUGCUACAUGCCGACACGUUCCCUCCAUCGGUAGGCCAGGUGCCUGUCGUAUCGUAUAUGCUGCCGUCACGUGGCUAAAUUAUAUCGACGAGAGACAGUAGCGGUGCUAGUUACUCUAUAAAUUAAAAAAUAUUGGCCCCUUAAUUAAUAUGGACCAGUAUGCAGAUUCGUUCAUUAACUGCCAACAUUACACUCUGACACAUCCUUUCUUCAUUUUUUGACAAACAGGGCAAAUAUGUGUCAGAGUAUCUCAACUAACAGCGAACACAUGCGGUGACUAGUAGUAUAUGUAUAUAUUCACUGAUUCACUUUUAUAUUUUGCCUUCUAAAAUGCCGUAUCGGCUUCUUUUGCGUUGAUUCUGUUUUACCGACUUAAUCCACUGAUUCGUGUAAUUUGGUUCCUAAAGUUCGUUUUACAUACUUCUCUAGUUUCCCGGUUGUACUUUCCUCUUUUAUUUUCUCUUUUUCUUUGUUAUUCCCCGUUCAAGCAGUGUAUUUUUAUAACAGCGCAAGUACGUUUAAACAGUGCGUUUUCCUUCUCGAAUAGAUAAAAAUGGUUUGCGGCUCUAAAACAACAAUGCCAUGCUUGUAAAUAUUCAAUGUAUACAUGCAUACAUUUGUACAUA